AUGUCGGAGGAAUUGAAUAUUCAUGAUUAUCUUAAAUUCAAGUCAACCUUGACAUUUUCAUCAGAAAGUUGCCUUUCCUACAUCCGUAAGCAGAAUAGCAACAAAGUGUUUAUUACUUUUUCGAUUUCUUAUGAAAUUUUAUUACUUUUUCGAUUUCUUAUGAAAUUUUAAUUAAGUGGCACCAAAUGAAAGUAGUAAAAAAACUCUUCGUAUUGUCAUACGUGGAUUUGCAUUUCCUUUCGCAAAAUCUCCCGUCUUGUACUUUAAAUUUAAAAGAGGAGGCUAAGUUACAACUGUAUACAACCACGCCUGAGAGAACUGAGUUGCUCUGCUGCCAAGGAAUGUACUGGAACUAAAGGGAAUAUACUGGAACUAAAGGGACUACAAGAAUAAAGAUACUUCAAAAAGUCAAGAAAUUAGCUGUAUAUCAAUUAAAAUUAACAGCCUUGAGGAAGAGAAGAAGGAAUUACAAGAACAACUUGAAACUCUUGAAGCUCGAUGUGACAGUCUUUUGCAGGAGGUUGCAGAACUCAGGCAAACUACCCAGCGAGCAGCUGACCUUGAACAGUCUUAUUCUGAAAUAUCAAACCAAAAUGAUAAAUUAAAAGAAUAUGUCGAUUCUCUUGUAGACAGAGACUUGUGUAAACACUGCGACUCAAAUUACAGGAACAAUGGUCGUACAUAUAAUGAAGUAAGCUACACCUAGAAGCAACGAAACCUAAAAGUGUUAAAAAGUAAUUCAGAAAGAGCCCUCUGGUUUCUCGAGUCAUUUGGAUUUAGCUAGAUAAGCUAUUUCUCAGUGAUUGCCAAACUGGGGAAAAGGUGACUCUGCAGUACAAUAAUGAGAAAAAGUCUGCAUAUCAAUUCCUUUCAGAAGAGGACAAAGACAAGGUCAGGAAUGUUGUCUACAUUAUGGACAAGUUUUGUAUAAGUGAUGCUGCAUAUCAUGAAUUCAGCAUGACAAACAAUGAUGGUCUUCCCCGCAGCUAUUUGAUAAAACAAUGUAGACAAGAUCUCAACAAAGUGUAUAGCAUUUCAAGAACUCCUGGAGAAUGGCCUGGUGCACAGCUGAGUUUUAAGGAUAAAUUCAACCAUCAGCUUUCAAAGAAAGUAAGUUUCCUUAUUAUCCUAAGCUUAUAUUACAUGUUGAAGAGUUUACGGAAAUUAGUCCCCCCAGUAAAAACUGUUCCACCGCCACUGUGAUUGAUGACAUAUAUUACGUGAGUCUAUCUUACAGUAGUGACUAGCCACCAAGGGGUGUCACUAGAAGGGGUGUGUUUGGUGAAACACCCCCCACCUGCAGUCCUCACAUAGUCAGCAAAUUAUUGUAUGCUAGUCGGAGUGAAACUGAUUAAAAACUAUACUAAUUAUAGCCCAAGUUUGGGGAAAUAUACAAAAUUGUUAAGGCCGGAGACUAUAAAGAAUAAUGUCCAGAAAAACCUUUGAUGUCAGAAUGCCCAUCUUCACCUCUUUAACCAGUCUUCCCCCCAGUAGUGGAAAUGAAUUGGCAAAUUUUCACUUACUCUCUUCCUUAUUCAAAUAGGGCUAGCGAUGCCCCUGCUGGCUACUUUUUAAAGCUUUUUCUAACAACACUCUUCUAGAUGGAGAAACUUGGAGACAAAAUGCUCACUACACAAAGAGUGAAGAUAAGUGGGGAUGGAGCAAAAAUGUCCAGAAUUAGUAAUUUUGUUGUUCCGUCAUUUUCGCUAUUAUCUGAGGGAGAAAAAGUCAUGUCUACAAAGGGUAAGUAUAGACAUGUGGAUAAUAUAUAUUUGACAUUUGAAACUUGGACACACCAUUUGUAUAUAUUCAUUUGUAUAUGUUUCAAUGAAUUAUUAAGGUAUUCACACAGUUGCAAUUCUCAAUGGUAAAGAGGACUAUGGUGUGCUGCAAACUGCUGGUAAAAAUCUUUUCAAAGAAAUUAAUGAUCUGAUUGCAACCAGAGAAAUAAAUGUUGAUGGCAAGAAAAUCAAUCUUGAAUUUUACCUUGGAGGGGAUUAUAAGGUUUGUUACCACAUAAUGAUUUAAUAGUACAUUGAAACACCAGCUACAUGUAUUAAAUAAAAGAUUUCCUUUUCUAUGGCAAUGUGGAAAUUCUCUGCAUGGCCGAUAUAACACAGCCUGUACUGUACUGUCUGGUUAAUUAACCAUGCAUAACAGCUUUAAAAAAAAUUUGAUUCUUAUAAUUAUUAUAACAACACAUUUGUAUUAUAUUGUUCUGGCUUUAUUGAUAUCUUGAAUGGUCUUGGACAUUGUGUGUCCUUAUCCACCACAAUGUCUUAUGACACAGCAAUCGUGCAAUUGAAUAUCAAUAUAGCAAAUUUGAUUCCAAAAGAAUUCGUUGCAAAUGAAGCUGUCAACAUAGUUUACGACAACAUUGAUUUUGGGGAGGAGAUCACUAAACAGACACAUGUGACUAACGGUAUUGUUACUCAGAGAAUCACAUCAGAAAAGCAAGUUUAUCUGUAACAGACUGUAACGAUAAAUAAAUGCCAGCGGACAGUGAAAGUAUCCAGUUCAGACGUCAUGCCUUUCAGUCUUGGAAUUAAAAAGACGCCCAAGUUUCAUAAUUCAGAACAAGUUACUAAUACGACUGCAACUUGAUUUGGCUUACGUGUUGAUUAAAAGUGUGCUGUCAGAUGACUAUAUCGUUCCAGGAUGGACUGGCUUUAACACAAUACUGUGUGAGGAUAUUCUUCACCAUGUUUCAAAGGAUUGGCUAUCUUCCCGUUAUCGACGCAUCUGCAACAGAGUUUUCAACGAUUCAUGCUAUUCUGAAAAGGUGCACGGGAAUUGCAGACAAAUUGCAGCUACGAUUUGCAACACUGGUAUUCGAUGAAGCUAUAUAUUCUAAAGUACAGCAGAUCAGGUGGAAAAAUGACGUUUUCUACAAUCGUUUUGUUGUGCGGCUUGGGGAAUUUCAUGUGAUUAUGUCAUUUUUGUCUUCGGUUGCCAGGAUUUUUCAAGAUGAGGAUUAAAGGUAUAUGUCAUACUCAACCAUGAUGAUAAGUAUGUGAAGAAAUUGCUGACACUAAGUCGUUUAUUUUUCUAUCAUUCUUAAAAUAAACAUUUAUACAGACUUACUUUGCUUACAAACAAAAGUUUUCACGUCUUGUAUAAGACAUGUCUUGAUUAACUUAUUCCCUACAAUCUAUGGCUGGAAUGGAUUGUAUUCCCCGGUAAAGUCUAUUCUAAUUUUUACCUCAAGCAGGGCCUUUUUUAACAUACUAGCUGUGGGUUGGGGGAGGGGGGGGGGGCGUUCCCCAUCUGGCUCCAUAUUGUUAUCAAAACAUAAUUUCUUUCCAGGCUUAGGAAUGAUCUCGAUAGAACCAAGAGUGAAACACACAAGAAGUCUGUAAAUGAGGCUAAAUCCACCAUCUCAAAUAUGACAAAUCCUUUCAUUGGUGAACAGAUCGGUCUUGUUAAUAUUUCAAAUGGCAUGGAAGUCGAUGCUUUCACUGCAGAUGGAAUCCUCAAUGCUGAAGAACUUGGAGAAUAUCAGUUUUCUGAAUUUUGUCAAAAGAAUCUUUUUACCGAUGAUCCAGACAUCUUCAAUUCGAUUAAAAAGAACAAACUUAAAACAUUUUCGUCUGACAAUAUAAAGAUCAAAAACUGCAAAGGCCAGCUGAUUGCUUUGAAGACAGAUCGAAACCUUUUCGCCUGGUUACUUGUUAUGUCUAAAUCGCAGGAAUUGGACUUGAAAGAAUUACUCUCUUACAGUCUAAGCGAUUACCCGCUUUCCCUUGCUAUGGUUACUGGAGGACUUGUGAAGACGGCGAAGUCCAAGAUGUUCGAAAUUCUGAAAAGUAUGGUUGAAGAUCCAGUUGUGAACUUCGAGAGCAUUGGCGAACGUAAUGCACUUAUUGUUGACGCCUUUGUGAUCUUGCAUGCGAUGAAAGGAAGUUGGAAAACAAUUAGUGACUUUGCAGACGCUACCUUUGCUUUGUUGAUGAAGCUAGCCAGGCAAUCAAAAGCAGUCAGACUGGAUUUCGUUGAAGACAGGUAUCCAGUAAUUAGUAUAAAAAAUGCUGAAAGAUCAAGAAGAGCUGCUCAAGGAGUGCAGAGAGUUCCUGAACAAAAAUCAGAAUGUUCCAAAGCUGUGGAGAACGUACAUGAGCUCUGGAGAGAACAAAGAAUCGUUAGUGAGUACGAGUGUACAUAUGAAACUUCUAAACUCAAUAAUUUAGAGUGUAUGUAUAUCACUUCAAAAGACAAUGCUAUUUAUUAG